CUGCCAUCUAGUGGUCGAUUUAUCGUACUAAAAAUGACAGUAGCGUUUAUGUUUACCGUUCCGGUAUCACUUUACGGGUAAAACAGUGUUCGCGCGUGCAUUUGUUUUAUUAUUUAUCGUAAACAUAAUUAUUUUCUUCUAAACAUGGGUAAAAAGGAUAAAAAUAAGAAAAAGUUAAGUGGUAUGGUUAAAACGGCUAUUAAAACUGAAAAGAAAUUAAGUGCUAAACAGAAGAAAGAAUUAGCAGCUCUUGGAGAGGAGGAUAUAGAAAAGGUGAUUGCCGAUAUUGAACGAGAAGAAGCUCGUAGACAACGUGUCGUAGAAAUUGUAAUAGAACCACCGUCACGUAGGGUUAAUUUUUCUUUAGUAGCUCAUCCCUUUAAAGAUGAACUUAUUAUGUUUGGUGGAGAAUUUCACGAUGGUCAAAAGACAACCGUGUACGGUGACUUGUUUACGUAUAAUUUAAAUAAAAAAGAAUGGACAGUAAUAAAAGCACCAGGAGCACCACCACCUCGAUGUGGUCAUCAAGCAAUAAUUACCUCUACGAAUAAAGGAGAGAUGUGGAUCUUUGGUGGAGAAUUUUCUAGUCCAUCUGAAUCACAAUUCUAUCAUUACAAAGAUUUAUGGGUUUAUAGAACGGGAGAAAAAAAGUGGGAAAAAAUAGUAUCUCCUGGUGGUCCAUCAGCUAGAAGUGGUCAUCGAAUGAUUCAUAUGAAAAAGAAAUUAAUAGUAUUCGGAGGCUUUUAUGAUAAUCUUAGAGAUUGUAAAUAUUAUAAUGAUAUUCACAUGUUUAAUUUGGAAACAUAUACAUGGCACAAAAUUGAAUGCGCUGGAAAUCCACCAGCACCACGUUCCGGAUGUAUAAUGUUACCGGUGUCUGAAAAAGUACUCAUUUAUGGUGGCUAUAGUAAAGACAAAAUAAAAGCAGAAGUCGACAAGGGACAAGUUCAUACAGAUAUGUUCUUAUUAUCUCAAGAUAAGAAUGAUCAAACUGGUCUUAAAUGGAAAUGGGUAUUAACAAAACAGUCAGGUCUUAAAUGUUCUCCUCGUUGCGGUAUGACUGGUGUUUUAGUACAACCACAUUUAGCAUAUGCAUUUGGUGGAGUUUUUGAUAAUAUAGAUGAUGAUGAAGAAUUACAAGGAACAUUUUAUAAUGAUCUGUUGUCGUUAGAUUUAGAAAAAUUUCAAUGGCACGAAGUUACAUUGACUGGUAAAAGAGAACAACCAGGGCAACGUAAAAAAGAGAAAGCACAAAAGGAAGAUCAAACGGAUGAAAGUAGUUUGCAUGAAGAUAAAGAAAGUUUUAAUAAUCGUGAAAAUUCAGAAACAGAAGUAAUUGAUUCUAAUAAACCCGUACAACCACCAAUAAUUUAUACCGACGAGGAUGACGUAUUUACAUUAACAGUUAGUUCAAGUGCACCAUGCAGCACACAGACAAAUAAUACGGGAAAAGCUGAAAAUCUAUUUGUUCCUUCGCCAAGAAUAAAUCCUGGACUUGUUGUAAAAAAUAAUAUUUUAUAUUUGUAUGGUGGCAUGUAUGAAGUCGGUGAUAAGCAAUUUACAUUUAAUGAUUUUUAUAGUUUAGAUUGUCGUAAAAUGGAUGAAUGGAAAACUAUAAUACAUGAUGAUUUAUCCUUACAAGAAUGGAAUAACACAAGUAGUUCUGAUUCAGAAGACGAUGAUGAUGGUGAUGAUGAUACAAACAGUAAUUCGUCUGAUAAUGAAUAACGUAAUUAUUAAAUAGAUUUUCUAGAUUUAUUUUAUAAAAAUAUUAUUUAAUAAAUUAUCUUUUUAAUUAU